UUCAAAUUAUUUCAGGGGUAACAUCCCUGACACCCGCAAGAUAAUCCAAGAAGGGGUGAAGACAUUGGGUUCUGUGCUUUUGUUUUCGGAGCAGUUUGAAGGUGAUAUUUAGAACAAGAUAUGUAGCAUCAUUCUUGCUCUAUAAAGAUGCCGGCAGGGGAAUAGGUGAGAAACUGCUGUUUACCAAAAGAGAGACUGGAUUGGAAAGGAAUGCAGAAUGUGGCCUUUAUGUGCUUUCCAUGUGCAUUAUGCGCUCCACAUGUUGUUGGAGGCGUGAGGAUGGGCUUCCCGAAAACUUGAUAUCUGAAUUUGGAGAGGCUGGAUACUUCUGGAACUGGUUCUAUUGUCGUGGUGCCAAAGUGAAAAUUCAAUUUAAAAGGGCACUUUCCUUUUAGUUUGUGAUGGUUUUGUGGGUGUGAUGGAGAGGAAUAGAGUGAAGAGAUUCAAAAGGAUUUGUGUCUUUUGUGGGAGCAGUUCAGGGAACAGAACUGUCUUUAGUGAUGCUGCUCUUGAUUUGGGGAACGAAUUGAUGCGGGAUUCCUGUUGUUGUGGCUUAUUCUGUGAGCUUGGUCAGUGUUGAAGGCCUGCAAAUGGAUGGGAGUGGAGCUUUUCUUUUUUCCUUGUGAUGGUCCUUUUGGGCUGUUCAUUUAAUAAUUUGAUUACCCUGUUCAAUACUUGCCUUUUUCCUUUCUUUGGCUUAUGUUUCUUGUGUGAACAGGUGAAGAGAAAGAUAAAUUUGGUUUAUGGUGGAGGAAGUGCAGGAUUGAUGGGCUUGAUUGCUAAGACUGUCUUUGAUGGCGGUUGCCAUGUCCUUGGAGUGAUCCCCACAGCGCUGAUGCCACUAGAGAUAUGUGGCAAACCUGUUGGUGAUGUAAAGAAAGUUGCUGACAUGCACGAACGCAAGGCAGAAAUGGCGCGGCAAUCUGAUGCUUUUAUUGCUCUACCUGGAGGUUAUGGAACCAUGGAAGAACUACUGGAGAUGAUUACUUGGUCACAGCUUGGCAUCCAUGACAAACCUGUUGGUCUGUUAAAUGUUGACGGAUACUACAAUUCCUUGCUUGCAUUAUUUGAUAAUAGUGUUGUUGAAGGUUUCAUAAAACCGGCAGCCAGGCAUAUAGUUGUCUCUGCACCAACUGCCCAAGAACUUAUACUUAAGAUGGAGGAAUACAUUCCACUCCAUGAACAGGUGGCACCACGUCAAAGUUGGGAGGUCGAACGACUAGAAUACACGGCCAACGUUGAUUCUUCUGAUGAUCAGACUUGAUUACAGGACUGUUAUAUGCCCAGUCGAUUCUUUUCUUUUCUUUUCAAGUUGUGUAUAUGCAAGUGGAUGUAAAGGUCCAUCAGAAGUUCUCACUUCUCACCAAUUAUAUUCUAAUAAAUCAUCUUUCUUGUCUUACCA